AUGGAGCAUGCCAGCAAUUACAGCCACAAGAAGUUUUCUACAGAGAAACGCAAACGGGAAAUGGAUGAGCAUCCAAUGACGACCGCAGACCAAUUGCCAGCUAAGCGACAGCAGGGCCAGGCAUUCUUUCGACCCUGGCUGGAUAGCAAGACAGACAAACCAUUAAGCCAGACACCCGCUGAUGUGCCUCAGUAUCAUGCCAACAUGGUGCGUUCCCAGACUCCACGCCUGCGCAGUCCCCAAGCCCAAGAGCGUCGGGAUCGGAACACCCGCGCCUGUCUGCUCUAUCGUCGAGCCAAGCACACCCAGGAGGCGAUCAUGGAGCAGCAAUGCGUCGAGUAUCGGGCCCAGCAUGCGGCAAUGUUGGACCAACAGCUCCGCCUCAGCUUCUACUAUAGGCAGCUACUGCAGCAGGCCGUGUUCCAACGGGCCGUUGCCGGCUUCCCACUCCCCCAGCAACAACAACAGUUUCUGCAACAAAUGGCGCUCUCUCAGCAACUUUUGAUCUUCGGAGCGACACGUUGA